AUGGCGGGCGUAACAAAGCAACGAUGUGACGCUAGCGGGAAAUGACGUAUUGAUGCUAGCUCCGCCCAACCCGGAAGGACCUGGAAAGUAGCACGUGGGCUGCGCAACCAUGGAAGUUAUCGGCGAGAUGGAACCUGUGGAAUAUGAAGGCUCAGAAUUGAGCUCCGAGGCAUCUGAUGGCAGCUUUGCUUCCGGUGGAAGUGCCGACAGCGACAAUGAGGAGGAGGUCGCAAAGGAUGAGCAGGAGUCAUUGGAGGAUGAAAAUGCCAACAAAGGCUGGGCCGAUGCCAUGUCCAAGAUCCUUAACAAGAAGGUAUCUGAAAAAAAGGCAACAGCCAUAUUGGCGAAGAGCAAAGCCCUAGAGAAGGAGAAGUUGGAGAAGCAGGAAAAGAAGAAGCAGCUUGAUAAAAAGCGGCAGUGGGAAAUGAUGUGCAGAGUGAAACCAGAUGUGGUCAAAGACAAAGAAAUGGAGAGAAAUCUGCAGAGAAUUGCUACGAGGUUUUUCAGAUCGGACCAGAAGGAGCCAAAUGAUUUAUGCACAGAGACGUACACAGGGGAGACGCUGAACAAAAGGGGGGUUGUACAGUUGUUCAAUGCCGUCAGAACCCACCAGAGUAACAUGAACGACAAAAUGAAAGAUGUUGGGCGCUCUGAAAGAAAACGUAGUAAAUUGAUGUCCUCAGUCUCCAAAAGAGACUUCAUAGAUGUUCUUAGAGGAAAAGAAGGUAAAGCCGAGCAUACACCUACAGAGAAGAGAGGCGCUAAAAAGGCUGCUGUGAAAGCAGAAAACGAGCCUGGGUGGAACAUACUACGAGAUGACUUCAUGAUGGGGGCGUCCAUGAAAGACUGGGACAAAGACAGCGAUAACGAGGAGGGUGGAGAAGCCGCGAGACCCAGAUCCAAUCGGGACGAUAGUGGAAGUGAUUCUGACAGAUAACCGUGCAAGAGGAAGAGCACUCCAGACACAGCCGCUCCUGCUCGCUCGGAUAAACACUUCAUUCUGUGAAUGCAUGACAUUUUUGGGAUGACACAAAUACCUUGUUAUAGGGAAGUAAAAAAAUACUUUGAUUUCCAUUCUCCUGGAUCUAUUGCCGUUUCCAUUUCCACCUUGGAAUAUGCGCAGAGUACAGACCAGAAAGAAAACAUUUUGUACAAUGGACCCUGCCAGUUUGAGUGGGUUUUGCCAAGUGCACUAAAGAUUUGCACAGGUCACCAUUUAAACGUUAAAUAAUUACAUUUUCACUCUCAAUAUGAAAUAGUCAUUGGGUUAAACAGAACCUUUUAGAGUGUCUCGGGGGGGGGGGGG